GUGUGUAUGUGUCUGUGUGCCGUAGACAUUUCACCACCACACUACCUGCUCUGUGGAUGUUAUAUCUUCUGGCAAAGCAAGAAACACAAAAAGAUCAAGCUGGUGGGGGAAAUGGAGCCUGAGAAGUCUAAAGCUGUGUUAGCCCACCUACAGUUUCCAUUUAGCCAAUGUUGCUCACUGGCUGUGUUAAAGGCAGUGAGGGGCUACUGCUUCAUUUUCAAAAGACUACAACAUCCAAAUAGGCCUCUUUGACAGCAGACAUGUCCCGGUAAGGAAAAGCACAGGUGUGAUUAAUAACAUUUGUAAUGGCUGCAUUCCAUUUAUGUGAGCCAGUUCCAGGGUCCAGGAAUUGUGCAUGCUGGCUAACUGGUCUGGCUUACUGGGACACUUGAAGGGACAGAGCCUUCGUUAAAAGUAUUAAUUCCACUCGUGUUUUUCCUGCUAUGACAAGUCAAAAUGUCUGCUGUGUUCUUCUAAGCAGCUAUGACACCACCACCUCUACAUAUUACCUUAACACAAUGUAUGAUAUUUUACAAAAAGCAACUAAUUGUAUUUAUUUUAUUUCAUUGUUUACUUAUUUUUCUCAUUUAAGUGUUUAUUCGUUCCAACAUUUUGACAUUAUGCAAAAAUAUUAUUUUAUUGUUUACUGAGCAGGGGCAAUGCACAAUACAUUUAUCGCACCAGAUUUAGCUUAAAGCUAAUUUUCAGUGGCCUCCUCCACCUACAAGGGACUAUUGAUGAAAAGUGAUGACACUCUUUAUCAUAACAUAUAACUAAGUAUUUGCAAAUGUGGAUUUAUAAACAAACUACUUUUUUAAGUCAAGGUAAGCUGACAUAGUCACUGCUAAUUUGAUGUCAAAAAGCUGCUUGCUUGUCAUAUCAUCUUACAUCAUACAAAUUAAGAUACAGUAAGUUUUUUUGUUACAAUAACUUCAAAUUUGCCAUGAUAACAAAAAUGUCAAGUUAAAAGAUGAUGUAUCUCCAUAUAAUGAAAAUACUACUUUGCAGGGCAAAAAAGAGAAUUUAAAACCUAAGUGAUUGUGCAUUUAGUAGUAUUGUCAAACUUUUGCAGAUAUAUUCUGCUCUUGUUGUGUUGUAAAUGAUAAACAAAACAUGAACAUACAAAAUAAACUGAUAAAAAGUGGAAGUAUUUGGCAUUUCAGUUAGGGUUAUUGAGAAGUUAUCGUCUUUUCAGCCCCACCAAUGGUCUGUUAUGUUAUAUAUAUUUUUAUGUUAAUGUAUCAAUAUGAUGAAAUAACAUGUUGCACCUUUAAUUAUUUUAAUCCAACUGACUAAACCCAACAACCAGCAAGGCGCCCCUGUGCAGAGGGUAUUUCAGGUCAGUUGUAGCUCUCAGAUCCACCGCUGUGUGGCGCUGUUUGAAGCACGCUAACCUGAAAUACAACUUCCGAGACCCGCUUCGCAGACACGAAAUUGCUUUCGUUGACUCGCCCGGAGAAAAGCAAGAUGUCUACCAUGGACGUGGAGGAUUUUAUUCAACAAAACAGAGUGCUUGCCGACCAGGUAGAAACGUAUCGAGGUUAUUGGGAGAGUGAAAAACACUGGCAGGCCAGGAGGGAGUUCAUCCUGCGGAACAUAAACGACUUCCAACUCGAGCAGCUGGACCACCUGCUCUCCCUGUCCAUGGUCUGGGCUAACAACGUCUUCCUCGGCUGUCGGUAUGGCACAGAGCUCCUGGAGAAAGUGAAGGAAAUGGCCGAAGGCAUUGUGGUAGAGGAUGCACCGGUCUUCAAGACGAGAGAUGAGAUUAUUAAGAAGCAACAGGGUCGAUGACCGGCUCAGUCGUAUCAGCCCUUCUGGUUGUGUCGGAUCAAGACUGAUGGACCUGGCUGUUAAGUACAGACAGGCUGUGCUUGUAACAAGUCAGACCACAUCUCACAGGGUUUUACAAUCCUAUACUGUUUAUUACGGAUGUGAUGAAAGUCUAAACAUCAAAAAUCUUUUUUUUACAUCAAAAGCAGGAAGACUGUUACGCAGAUUUUUAGCAUUUAAUUGUUUGGAGACAGCAAAGAUGUUUUUGUCAGUGUGAGAGCUUCACUGCUCAUCCAUUUUUACACCAGUUUUACAUUUUUUAAAGCGUACAUCGUUUUUAGUAGUUUUUUUAUAAAUUCAGAUGAAAGAUGGCAUUGGAUCUUGUCCUAAUGUCUCUGCCUAAUAAAGGACUUAUAUUUGCUUGA